AUGGAUGGAAACACUGGAAAUGCCUGGGAUCUGGUGGGCGACGAUGAUAACUCCAGAGUUACGACUUCUGGCACAAUGGAAGAGGAAUCAGAAGUAUGUCCAAUUUAAAAAACUUUUUUAACCGUAUUUUAAACAAUUGUAAAACCAAUUUAAAAGAAAAACAAUAGUGUUUUAGAUUAAAAACGAAAAAGAUAUAUUGUAAUAGCCUCAAAACUGUGGUUUAUUAUAGCAUAACGUCUCUACUACACGUUCAAUUUCCCAAUAUUUUUAGAUCGACAGUCAAGAAGCCUCCCAAAUCCUAGAAGAAGAAGAGAAAAAGCUAGAAGAAAGACGUCAGCGUAGCAAGUAAGAAGCUUGAUUGAAUGUUAACAUAUUUAGAUCACCGGCCGUAGAAUCCCUCCGUAAAGUCAGCAGAAUGGUACUAGAAAGAGUUGGUAUCAGAAAAAAGAAACAACCAUUCCUCACUCUCAGUAGACGACCUGAGUUACCGUACUUCGACCUAGACCUGUUUUGCGACAAACCCAAAGAGUUCUUCUACACUCAGCAACACAAGAUUAUACCCAAGAUCCUGUCGUCCACAGAUUUGUUGUCCAAGAAGCUGACUAGUCUUGGGAAUAAAGAAAAAUGGUAAGUAAAAUCACUUUACUGGAUAAGUUCUUGCAAAACGUAUUUUAGCCCUAGAUUUGAUAAAGCAAUAACAAGAAUUGGCACUCUUAAAUAAACUUCUCUAUUUUUAUAUUAUUGAUGCCUAACAAAUCAAAAUUGUAGUUCAUACUUGUUCAAAAGCCAAGACAGUGAAGAUAAUAACAUGGCCGAAGCAAUAAUCGGAACCAUGGACCCAGAACGACUUCACAUAUACGACCCAUACUGUCCAAUUCACGGUUCGCGACGUGAAAUUAUCAAAAAACGACAUCAACUUAUAGAUAUGAGUGGGCUAGCCAGUGUUGAAGAUGUGGAAACUGACCAACUUGCUCCAAUUUUGUCAAGGUAAGUUAAAGUGAAUAUACUUCUUUACUAGUUGUAUAAUACUACUAUUGUAGCAACACCUAUGCAGCCAAAGCCAUCAGAAAACGUCAACGAGCCUUGUCCGGCCUUAAAGGGAUCCAUGUGGCCAAAGAGAAACGCAAGAUUCUGUGGAAUCUGUUCACGAUCUCAGCUGCCUUCCUCUUUCUGUUCACCGGCUUCCAAGGCCUUCAGAACCUGCAGACUUCUGUGAACGAUCAGCUUGGUGGAGACUCUUUAAGCAUCAUGUACCUCUCCUUGGCCAUAUCUUCUUUGUUUGUCCCAAACUUUGUCGUCAAUAGACUUGGCUCUAAACUGACGUUAAUCACCGCUUUUGGAAUCAUGAUCAUAUACAUGUUGGCCAACUUUCUACCUCAAUAUUACUCUCUGCUGCCGGCUUCCGUCCUAGCUGGAGUGGCGGCUAGUUGUAUGUGGUCAGCUUGUAGUUAUUAUAUUACUCAAAGUGGCAUCAACUAUGCCAAACUGAACAUAGAAGCUCAGAAUACAGUAAGUGUGAGGUUCUUCGGAACAUUCUUUAUGAUUGUGCAUGUUGGACAAGUACUGGGUAGUUUGUUGUCAUCAGUUAUCUUGAGUCAGUCGGUUGUGACAGCAGUUAUUGUGGACGAAGCUGAUCGAACGUGAGUUUGUUACCAAUGUUGUGAUAAUAUUAUUUGUACAACGAGGGUCUUUUAGCCUUUGUGUACUAUAUUUUAAAGAUAUUAUACUUCUGUCAUCAAUAUUAUUGUGGAAGAAACAAUUUUUUAUAGGUGUGGAAGUGGAUUUCCAAGAAAUCUUUCGCUUUUGAGUGACCGCGCCAAACUCAACCUUCAACGGCCAAGUUUGGUAGCCUACCGUAGUGUAGUAGCUGUGUAUUUAUGUUGUGCCAUGGUGGCUCUUAUGAUCGUAGCCUUCUUCCUCAACGCUUUAAAACGGGAUGAAAUCAACAGGUAAAACAUAACAAUCCAAUUAACAUUGAUGCUGACUUUAGAAACAUUAUUUCAACUUUAUGUUUUGUCAUUAGUAUGUACAUUACUUUCAGCAAACAACCUCCAAAAUUCUCUGCCGAAGUCUUAAAACAAACUCUGAAGAAUCUUCAGAAGCCAAAAGUCCUGCUACUGAUACCAUUGACAAUAUUCAAUGGCAUCGAGCAAACAUUCGCAGUCGGUAUCUACACAAAAGUACGUUUUCGUAUAAAGAAACAUACAUUUUCAGUAACUUUUUUUGAAAACAUAUUGAAGUACUUAUCUCAAUAACCUUCUGCAGGCAUUUGUUGGCUGUGGUCUCGGAAUCUCACAGAUCGGCUACGUGAUGACGACCUUCGGAGUGAGUGAUGCCAUAUGUAGUCUAGUCUUCGGCCCUUUGAUCAGGAUGUUCGGCCGAAUGCCAUUGUUUGUGUUCGGUGCUGUCAUGAACGUGUUGAUGAUCAUGACCUUGAUGAUUUGGCCUCUGAAUCCGGGCGACCGUGUCCUGUUCAAUGUUAUCGCCGGUGUUUGGGGGAUGGCUGACAGUGUCUGGAACACACAAGUCCAAGGAUUCUGGGUGGGAUUGACCGGUAGAACGUCGCUGGAAGUGGCUAUCGCCAACUACAGAUUCUGGAUGUCAUUUGGAAUGGCAAUCGGCUUUUUCAUCGCCAGGUUUACUACAGUAAACUCGUAUCUGGCAGUGUCAUUUGUGAUAUUAUUGAUUGGAAUUCUGGGUUACUUUGCCACAGAAAUGAUGGAUAUUGUAAUAGUAAGUCGUUAUAAUUGUUAUUUAGUACUUGUAUACAUCUUGCGUUCAACUUUUAUAGGUAUUUUCACUUUUAAAAGUAGUAAGGUAAAAGUUUUUACAAAUUCUUAUUUUCUCAAUGCUUAAUAUUGUAAUAGUAAGUCAUCAACCUUCUCAGCAACAAUUUUAUUCGACAAAAUAACGACCUUUUGUUUUAGGCACAAUUCAAAACACAUCCGGAGAAGAAGUGA